ACGCAAAGGAGUUCCUUCAGCAAAGAGAGCCAUGCUUGAAUGUCCCAUUUGCCUUGGCAAUGUGGAAGAUCCGUGCACGGCGCCAUGCAAGCACGUCUACUGUCGUCAUUGCAUCCUGCAAGUGCUGCUGAGCAGCCCACCUGAAUGGGCUGGAAGCUGUCCACUUUGCCGCACACACAUCAGUGUAUACAACUUGCAGAAGGAUGGGAAGCUCCUGAUGGAACCUGAAGUGCAGUCACUUUGGGGUUGCAUUUUUGUGCAGAGUGGCAAAAUAGGCCUUGCCAGCUAUCACUUCGACUCACUAGAGGAUUGUUAUAUCUCGUAUGCUGCAGCACCAUCCAGCUGGCGGCUAGAUGAUGGCAAUCCACCUCCUGAAAGAAAGUCCUGGACGGAGGUGAGCUACGACGAGGAGACACGGACCUUUCGAGGACUCAUCGAAUGGGAUCCUGCCUUUCACGGCACUCACAAGUGGGUCUACCGGAUUGAGUUUUCGGAAGACUUCGCAGGAAUUAUAGGUGGAGAGAUCAUCUCCCAUUCUCAAGAAGGAACACAGAUCAAGCCGUUUUUGGCUCCCUGGAUCUUUGAUUGGGAGAGACAUCUCUCAUAUCUUCGAUGGAUGCCACCACCAUCAACCAUUUUUGGCUCAGUCUAUGUGCAAGGAGUCGCCUAUGCCUCUGUGCUUGAGGGGGUUGCGAGCUAUCACUUUGAGAGUCCUGAGGAUUGCUACAUUUCCUAUGCGAAUGCUCCAGAGACCUGGCGUUUGGAUGAUGGCUCCUUCCCCCCGAGGCAAAAGCCCUUCGAGCUGGUCUCCUAUGACGAAGCCUCGCGGACCUUCAAAGGCACGGUCCGUUGGCGGGAAGGGUUUGACGGUGCGACACGCUGGGACUAUACCAUCGUCUUCUCGGAGGACCUGGGCCACAUCUCUGGAGGCAAGGUACAGCCUUAUGGCUCACUGGGUUUUCCACAGCCGCCCCAACACUAUGGUGAUCCGACUUUGCAACUCCCUACGCCCACUUCGAUGUACUAUGUCAGGAAGCCAUCAGCCCUGGCUGCAACGGAUCGAUUGCGCAGUCACUUUCUCAACUCUUUGCCAUCUCAACAGAACGCCCCAUUUCCCGAAAGGCCGGAAUUCACAUCUGCGAGCGAUGCAGAUUCUCUUAGGAGCAAUGCAGCAGAUCCUGUAGCACAAGCUCAGGAAACCCAACGGGGGUGUGCAAUACAGUGAGUCCCUUUGCUGCCACAUGAACAGCCCAUUCUUUUGUGACAUCAAGUCAUCAGGGCUCGCUCCAGUACGCAAGUCUUUGGCUUAAACAGCCCCGUAUCCCAACAUUGCGUAUGCCAGCUUCUGUGGGAUGCGCCGUUGGGUGUACAAAGUGUCGCAUGGUGAGAUGACCAUGUACUUUUCUUUCCUGUGCCCUGCACAGCCUCGUCAGA